CGCGGAGGGCUCGGGUUGGAGUGGGCGGGGCCAGGAGCGAGCGAGAGAGCGGCUUCUUUAUUUCCCGGGAAAAAGGAGGAAGAGGAGGAAGGAAGGAAGGAAGGAAGGAAGAGAAGAAGGAAGGAGCACGAAAGCAGCCUCGGCCAUGUGCGGCAUCUUUGCCUACCUGAACUACCAUGUUCCCCGGACACGGCGGGAGAUCCUGGAGACGCUCAUCAAGGGGCUGCAGCGCCUCGAGUACCGAGGGUACGACUCCGCCGGAGUUGGGAUUGACGGAGGCAACGACAAGGACUGGGACGCCAACGCCGGCAAAAUCUCGCUCAUCAAGAAGAAGGGAAAAGUGAAGGCUCUGGAUGAAGAAGUCAACAAGCAACAGGACAUGGACCUGGACAUUGAGUUCGACGUCCACCUGGGCAUCGCCCACACCCGCUGGGCCACCCACGGGGAGCCCAACCCCGUCAACAGCCACCCACAGCGCUCGGAUAGGAACAACGAAUUCAUUGUGAUCCACAACGGGAUUAUCACAAACUACAAAGACCUGAAGAAGUUCCUGGAGAGCAAAGGCUAUGAGUUUGAGUCCGAAACAGAUACGGAAACCAUUGCCAAGCUGGUCAAGUACAUGUACGACAACCGUGAAAGCGACGACAUCAGCUUCACCACCUUGGUGGAAAGAGUCAUCCAACAGCUAGAAGGCGCAUUCGCCCUCGUUUUCAAGAGCGUUCACUAUCGUGGCCAAGCGGUUGGGACCAGGAGGGGAAGCCCUUUGCUCAUCGGCGUCCGGAGCGAGCACAAGCUCUCCACCGACCACAUCCCGAUCCUUUACAGAACAGGGAAGGACAAGAAGGGCGGCUGCGGCCUCGCCCGCGUGGACAGCACCACCUGCCUCUUCCCCGUCGAGGAGAAGGCCGUCGAGUAUUACUUCGCCUCCGACGCCAGCGCGGUCAUUGAGCACACCAACCGGGUCAUUUUCCUGGAGGACGACGACGUGGCGGCCGUGGUGGAGGGGCGGCUGUCCAUCCACCGCAUCAAGCGCACGGCCGGGGACCACCCGGGGCGCGCCGUCCAGACCCUCCGGAUGGAACUCCAGCAAAUCAUGAAGGGUAACUUCAGCUCCUUCAUGCAAAAGGAGAUUUUCGAACAGCCCGAAUCGGUCGUAAACACCAUGAGAGGGAGAGUCAACUUCGACGACUGCACAGUGAACCUCGGAGGCCUGAAAGAUCACAUCAAGGAGAUCCAGAGGUGCCGGCGUCUCAUCCUGAUCGCUUGCGGGACGAGUUACCACGCGGGAGUCGCCACCCGGCAGGUGCUGGAGGAGCUGACGGAGCUUCCCGUGAUGGUGGAGCUGGCCAGCGACUUCCUGGACCGCAACACGCCUGUCUUCCGUGACGACGUCUGCUUCUUCAUCAGCCAAUCAGGGGAGACGGCGGACACGCUGCUGGCGCUGCGCUACUGCAAGGAGCGAGGUGCGCUGACGGUGGGCAUCACCAACACGGUGGGCAGCUCCAUCUCGCGGGAGACCGACUGCGGCGUCCACAUCAACGCCGGGCCCGAGAUCGGGGUGGCCAGCACCAAGGCCUACACGAGCCAGUUUGUGUCUCUGGUGAUGUUUGCGCUCAUGAUGUGCGACGACCGGAUCUCCAUGCAGGAGCGGCGCAAGGAGAUCAUGCACGGACUCAAGCUCUUGCCAGACCUGAUCAAGGAGGUGCUGAGCAUGGACGACGAGAUCCAGCGCCUGGCCACGGAGCUCUACCACCAGAAGUCGGUCCUCAUCAUGGGCCGCGGGUACCACUACGCCACAUGCCUGGAGGGAGCCCUGAAAAUCAAGGAGAUCACGUACAUGCACUCGGAGGGCAUCCUGGCCGGGGAGCUGAAGCACGGCCCGCUGGCGCUGGUGGACAAGCUCAUGCCCGUCAUCAUGAUCAUCAUGCGCGACAACACCUACGCCAAGUGCCAGAACGCCCUGCAGCAGGUCAUGGCCCGGCAGGGCCGGCCGGUCAUCAUCUGCGACAAGGAGGACAUUGAGACCAUCAAGAACAACAAGCGGACCAUCAAGGUGCCGCACACGGUGGACUGCUUGCAGGGCAUCCUGAGCGUCAUCCCGCUGCAGCUCCUGGCCUUCCACCUGGCCGUCCUGCGAGGAUACGACGUUGACUUUCCACGAAAUCUGGCCAAAUCCGUGACCGUGGAGUAGAGCGUUGUGCCGGUAAAGCCUCGGCCGGCGCCUGCAAGAGACUCUUCUUUCUUUCCUCUUUCUCCCUUUUUUCUCCCUUUUUUUUCUGUUACUGGAAGGUAUUGAUUCCAAUGGCCCCGAGCGGGGAAAUGUGUCUCCGUUGUGCCCGGGAACCCUUGUUGUCGCUUGUUGCGUUUUGUGACCCUGUUCAGUGUGGGAUCCGUGGGCGUUGUUUGAACCACAAUCCUUUCCCCGUCUUGCUUUUCCCUGAAAAAGUCCAAACAUUUCCAGGAAGUCGCUGCAAAACCAAGGAAGCCGGGAGGUGCUUUGAGUGGCGCCGGAUCCCGAUAAGAAUUGGCCCGAAAGGGAUCGCGAGCCUUUUGCGCUCCUCCCAGCAAUAAAGAAACCUCUGCCGUCUGCCCUUUCCUCCAACUCUAUGGGGAUGCGCCACAACUUGAAUGCACAACCCACAACCCUGUUGCACGUUCCGACUGCUUCUGGUGUGAUGCUGCUUUUCUAUGAAGGCAGGUCAAGCAUUUACGGGUGCAUUUCGGAAUGAGAUCUGCAAUGCGAGGAUUGCAUCAGAUGUGGAAGUCAGGUGAGACUUCCACACCUGAUGCAAUCCAGGUGAAGCUAGAUGCACUCAAGAAAGAAAUCUGCGAUGCAAAGAUUGCAUCAGGUUUGGAAGUCAGGUGUGACUAGAUGCAGGUGAUGCAUUUAGAGGUGCAUUUUGGAAUGAGAUCUGUGAUGCAAAGAUUGCGUUAGGUUUGGCGGUCAGGUGAGACUAGACCCAGGUGAAACAUUUGGGGAUGCAUUCCGGAAUGACAUCUGCAAUGCAAGGAUUGCAUUAGGUUUGGAAGUGAGAUGAUACUAGAGCCAGGUGAAGCUAAAUGCAUUCAGGAAAGAGAUCUGUGAUGCGUUAGGUUUGGCAGUCAGGUGAGACUAGAUGCAGGUGAAGCAUUUAUAGAUGCAUUCUAGAAAUAAAUCUACAAUGUAAGGAUUGCAUCAGGUUUGGAAGUCAGGUGAGACUAGAUCCAGGUGAGGCAUUUAUAAAUGCAUUCUAGAAUGUAAGGAUUGCACCAGGUUUGGAAGUCAGGUGAGACUAGAUCCAGGUGAAGCUAAAUGCAUUCAGGAAUGAGAUCUGUGAUGCGUUAGGUUUGGCAGUCAGGUGAGACUAGAUGCAGGUGAAGCAUUUAUAGAUGCAUUCUAGAAAUAAAUCUACAAUGUAAGGAUUGCAUCAGGUUUGGAAGUCAGGUGAGACUAGAUCCAGGUGAGGCAUUUAUAAAUGCAUUCUAGAAUGUAAGGAUUGCAUAGGUGUGUAAGUCAGGUGAGACUAGAUCCAGGUGAGGCAUUUAUAGAUGCCUUCUAGAAUGUAAGGAUUGCAUAGGUGUGUAAGUCAGGUGAGACUAGAUCCAGAUUUGCAUCGUAGCGGAAGAAGAGGCUCAGAAAUGCGCCUUCGGGAGGGCGGUGACUUUGCAGCAUCGUCCGGACGAAGGCAUCCGCAUGCUUGCCCAAAUGUGCUUCAUUGGCUUCCAGGUAUGAAAGCAGGGUGCAAAAUGCGCAUGUGAGUGCAUUCCCUUUGAAUUGUGAGGCAUUUAAACCCUGGAAGGAGGGGAACGUUAAGGACGGCCUGCACCUUUCUUUGCAGAAAUGGUUAUCCAUGGCAUAGAGUUUUGCAGCCCAGGAAAGAAGAGUUGAUUAUACAGAAAUAUUGAGAAAGGUGUUGAUAACAGAGCUGUUUCCACCCUCUUUCUCAGUGUUGGGCAGGUCAGAAAUGCACCAAAGCAGCACAACAUUUGCAGUGAUUGUAAACUCAGUGAAAUCUUGCAUCGGGGACGAGGAGCAUUGCCGUAUUGUGUUGCCAUUUCUCCCCUUUCUGUUCCCUUCCAUUGCAAACAACUAACUUGCAUUCAUCUCAGUGUUGACGACAACAGUUUGCAGUAACUGCAAUUAAAGCAGUCGACAAACACUUGGGCUUUUUUUCUGGUUGUUUGAAGGAGCUGCAACACAUCUCUCUUGUGUCCUUGCAGGGAGUUGUGGUUAUUGCUCUCCUCCAUCUUUGCACAGAAAAUGUUUUUAGAAAUAGAAGGGCUUUGUCCGCUUUUAUCUCUAGGCUGAUACUUGAAAUGUGUGGGGAUUGUUAUGCUGCCGGAGGGGAGCAUGCAAUGCACAUGGAACGGGACCAAAGACAAAGGAGCAAAAUACAUGCAACUAAGCCCAAGUGGUGGGAGGUGUUCGCAAAGUGUGGCUUUUGUGUUUCGUUCGCUGCUGAGGCCCAAAGUGCGCGGAGAGGUGUGCAUUCCAAGAAUGGACGUCUUGUGGUUUAGAUUGGGUUUGGGUUUGAAUGCCGGUGGAUGUGUUGAGCCGUCGAAAUGGUCCUUUGCAUCCAAAAACAGGUGCAAAAUAAUUGCAAAGUAUAGUGGGUUGUAGUUUAGAUUGUGUUUGAAUGCCAGAUGCUGCAUCAAGCCAUUGAAAUUGUCCUUUGCAUCAAAAUACAAGUGCGAAAAAAUAGCAAAAUAUAGUGGGUUGUAGUCUAGAUUGUGUGUGAAUGCUGGCUGCUGCGUCGAGCCAUCAAAAUUAUAUUUUGCAUUUAAAAAGAUGCAAAAUAAUUGCAAAGUAUUGUGGGUUGUAGUCUAGAUUGUGUUUGAAUGCUGGCUGCUGCGUCGAGUCAUCAAAGUUGUCAUUUGCAUCAAAAAACAGAUGCAAAAUAAUUGCAAAAUAUAGUGGGUUGUAGUCUAGAUUGUGUGUGAAUGCUGGCUGCUGUGUCGAGUCAUCAAAAUUAUAUUUUGCAUUUAAAAAGAUGCAAAAUAAUUGCAAAGUAUUGUGGGUUGUAGUCUAGAUUGUGUUUGAAUGCUGGCUGCUGCGUCGAGCCAUCAAAAUUAUAUUUUGCAUUUAAAAAGAUGCAAAAUAAUUGCAAAGUAUUGUGGGUUGUAGUCUAGAUUGUAUUUGAAUGCUGGCUGCUGCGUCGAGCCAUCGAAAUGGUCCUUUGCAUUUGAAAAGAUGCAAAAUAAUUGCAUUGCGGGUUGUUUGGAUUUGAAUGCCGGCUGCUGCGUCGAGCCACCGAUGUUGUCUGUUGCAUCAAAAAACAGAUGCAAAAUAAUUGCAAAAUAUAGUGGGUUGUGGCUUAGAUUGUGUUUGAAUGCCGGCUGCUGUGUCGAGCCAUCAAAAUUGUACUUUGCAUUUAAAAAGAUGCAAAAUAAUUGCAUUGUGGGUUGUUUGGGUUUGAAUACCGGCUGCUGCAUCGAGCCAUCGAAGUUGUCAUUUGCAUUAAUACAGGUGCAAAAUAAUUGCAAAGUAUUGUGGGUUGUAGUCUAGAUUGUGUUUGAAUAUUGGUGGCAGCAUCGAGCCAUCAAAAUUAUCCCUUGCAUCAAAAAAAACAUGCAAAAUAAUUGUAAGUAUUGUAGUGUUUGGGUGUGAAUGCCGGCUGCAGUGUCGAGCCAUCGAAGUUGUCAUUUGCAUAAAAAAAAGUGCAAAAUAAUUGCAAAGUAUAGUGGGUUGGGGUUUAGAUUGUAUUUGAAUGCCGACUGCUGCGUCAAGCCAUCGAAAUUAUACUUUGCAUUAAAACAGGUGCAAAAUACCGGCUGCUGCAUCAAGCCAUUGAAGUUGUCAUUUGCAUCAAAUAACAGGUGCAAAAUAAUUGCAAAAUAUAGUGGGUUGUGGCUUAGAUUGUGUUUGGGUUUGAAUGCCGGCUGCUGCAUCGAGCCAUCGAAGUUGUUAUUUGUGUCAAAAAACAAGUGCAAAAUAAUUGCAAAAUAGUCGAGCCAUCCAAAUUGUCCCUUGCAUCAAAAAAAAAAACAUGCAAAAUAAUUGUAAGUAUUGUAGUGUUUGGGUGAAUGUGAAUGCCGGCUGCUGCAUCAAGCCAUCAAAAUUGUACUUUGCAUUUAAAAAGAUGCAAAAUAAUUGCAAAGUAUUGUGGGUUGUGUUUGGAUUUGAAUGCCGGCUGCUGCAUUGAGCCAUCGAAGUUGUCAUUUGCAUAAAAAACAGAUGCAAAAUAAUUGCAAGGUAUAGUAGGUUGUGGUUUAGAACGACGUGGGAGAAAGCGUGGUUUGUUUUGCAAGAAGCGCAUUGGACGUCUGCAGAUGUUUGUGCAGGCCUGGGCCAACUUCGGCCCUCCAGGUGUUUUGGACUGCAACUCCCACAAUUCCUAGCAGCCUACCGGCUGCUAGGAAUUGUGGGAGUUGCAGUCCAAAACACCUGGAGGGCCGAAGUUGGCCCAGGCCUGCAUGAGUCCAGAACCCAAUAUGUAUCCAUGGCUUGUCUUGGUUUCUGGGACCAAAAUCUGUGUUUUCGUUUUGUUUCUUUCUUCGCCUUUUGCCAUUUGUCCCCCUUUUCUGUUUUUGUAUCUCGUUCUUUGGAAACAAUUAAAAAAAAAAACAUGCGCCCACGA